GAGCUUUAAUCACUGGUUUAUAUAUUAGCGAGAAGAAGACUUUCAUUUUCGUUGUGAGAGUCUGUAACACAAGCUGAGAAGAUUUGAAAUAAAUAAUCAUGAAAAAAAAAGCAUCUUUUCCCAUGAUUCCUAUGCCUCAAUUUUAAUUUCUUUCGUUGCUUGUCCUUUUUCCUUUUCCAGCCAUUUAUAAGAUCCAAGAAAGCUCAAGUCUUUGAGGUGAGGUGGUUGAUUGUUGUUAGGAUCAAGAAAGAUACACACAAUACAAGGCAGCCCCCAAAAUUUGAAGGUGGGGGCCGUGAUUUCGCGACCCUAAAUUUGUUCAACAGAAAAUGGUGUUUAUAACCGAAGAUAUGAUCAAGGAUUUUCAAGCCCAGAUUGAAAAAAUCGAUGCACCGCUGAAGAAGACAUUCAUGAAUGUACAUAGUGGUUAUGAAAGGGAGACCUUGGUGAGGUUUAUAAAAGCGAGGGAAGGAAGUAUUUCGGAGGCAUAUGAUAUGCUUGUUCAGAGUUUAAACUGGAGGAUACAGAACGACAUUGAUAACAUACUGGCGAGGCCAAUUAACCCUAGCGACGUCUAUAGAGCAAUUCGGGAUACUCAGCUUGUAGGGAUAUGUGGAUGCACUAAAGAGGGUCUUCCCGUCAUUGCUAUUGGCGCUGGGCUCAGCACAUAUGACAAAGGAUCUAUUCACUACUAUAUUCAGUCACACAUCCAGAUGAAUGAAUACAGAGAUCGUGUGGUAUUGCCUUCCGCUUCCAAAAAACAUGGACGCUAUAUCGGGACAUGCAUAAAGAUUCUGGAUAUGACUGGUCUAAGGCUUUCUGCUCUGAAUCACAUGAAGUUGUUGUCUGCAAUAUCUACAAUUGAUGACUUGAACUAUCCUGAGAAGACGGAGACUUAUUACAUAGUCAAUGCCGGAUACAUAUUUUCAUCAUGUUGGAAGGUCGUUAAACCCCUUCUACGAGAGCGAACAAGAAAGAAAGUUCAAGUUCUUUCUGGCUGUGGCGAAGAUGAAUUGUUGAAGAUUAUGGAUUAUGAUUCCCUUCCGCACUUCUGCAGAAAAGAAGGUUCUGGAUUUCGGAGAUCUAGAAAUGGAGUAGUUGGCAAUUGUUAUAGCUUGGACCAUCCCUUCCAUCAGCAGCUCUACAAGUAUGUAAAGGAGCAAGCUGCAUUACUGGAGUCGGUUGCUCCAGCGAAAGAUGGUUCAGUCCACGUGGAUUAUCCCGAGCCUGAUCCAGAAGACGUGAAAGUUGCACAAACCAUAGAAUCCGAGUUCCAAAAGCUUGAGAACCGGAAAGGGGUCUGUGACUCGUUGCACGAGCUUGAGAUAAGUGGGGAGUGAGGCCAGCCGGUGGGACGUCUCUUAUAUUAUUACAAACAAAAGCAUUCUACGAAGCUCUAGGGCUGGAGACGUAGGAGCCGUCGAGGAUGCGAGGAUCCAUCCUUUUAUUGUUGGAAUCGCACGACUUCAAAUGUGUAAAAUGGGUGGUCCUACUAUUCUGCUAUUGUUCUUCUUUUGUAUAUUUUUGUUAUACAAGGCUUAUAAAUAGAAAGGUGCAGCAGCAGACUUUGCAGCAUAAUUGAUGAUCUACUCUUAUCGAUUUUUAUAAAAUUUUAUUAUUGUGUGAA